AACCCUACUACUUUCCAAAUAAUUUAUAAAGAAUUCACUUGAGUCAUAAGUUUAAGACAAUCGGUUUUUUUUUUUUAAAGAAUUACGCUGUUAAUAGUACUUCAGCUGUCGUUAGGUCAAGCAAUGUUGAAGCAUUUAUACGCCAUAAUCGUUGGUUAAAUAAAUGGCCCCAUAUUGUUUAUAAUUAAUCAAUAUAAAACGCAUUUGCCAUGGACACAUCAAACGCAACCGGCAGAAGACGAAACAAUGUGCGUGUCAACGCAGAGGAUAAUGCUCUCGAUCAAAUUACAAAAGAGGCCGAGGCACGCCUCGCCGCUCGUCGUCAAGCGCGAGCCGAGGCUCGAGAGAUACGUAUGCGGGAGCUUGAACGUCAACAGAAGGAGCUAGAACAGAAUGCUGACCGUGCCUUUGACAUGCAAAAUAUAACGACAAAUGUUAUUAGCGACACUCAUUCAUCACAUCCAUCGCGUCUCGUUUAUGGUGGACUCUUAAAUUUGUCACGUACUGCAGCAUCGCGACGCAGUAGUGAGGAUUCACUCGAAGACGAGGGUCGCAGUUUGCGUGAUAUUAAACAUGAGCUUAAAGACGUUGAAGAACGCUUCCGUAAAGCAAUGAUUACGAAUGCCCAGUUGGAUAAUGAUCGCUCAUGCCAAACAUAUGAAGUCAAACUACUUAAGGAUAAGAGCGAAAAUAUGCUAGAAUCGUUUGCACAGCUACAGCGAGAGCUGAAAAACAAAACGAAGGAUUGCAAUGCCCUCAAACGUAAUUUAGAUCGAACAACACUUGAACUGAAGCUUGUGCAGGGUCAGCUCAAUGAGCGAGAUACGCUUAUAGAGGAACAUGGGCUUGUUAUAGUUGCCAUUGAAAAUAGUGAUGGUAGUGAUGCCAAACGUGCUUUAGUUAGUGUGGAAAAUGCCAAUAUACUAGCAUCGGUGCAAGGAUCUCUGGAUGUAAGGCUUCAUCAGUUUUCCGAGGAAAAGCAGCGACUUGCAGUGGAAGUGCAGAAAUUGCAUGAGCAGCUGGAUGCUUAUAAGGCGGAAGGCAGAGGAGGACGUGGCAGCUUAAUAAACGGUACUCUAGACAACGACGAUGAUUAUGAGGUUCAAAGAGAAGCAAACAAGAUCAUAUCAGAUUAUAAAUAUAAAUUACAAAAGGCUGAACAGGAAAUCGCUAGUCUUCAAGCAAGCUUAGCACGUUCAGAAACGCAAGUUAUACGUUACAAGAGCACAGCCGAAGCGGCGGAGAAGGCAGAGGCUGAACUCAAAGUGGAAAGGCGUAAAUUACAACGAGAACACCGUGAAGUUUUGGAGCGUCUGGAGGAAACUGAAACAGCCAACAAUCAUUUGUUAAAGCGUUUGGAUAAGCUUAAAACGGCUAAGAGCGCGAUUUUGAAAGACUUAUGACCGCUAAGGGAAAGUAUUCAAUGAGCAACGCAAAUGCACGAACAUUGGACAGCGCCGACUCAAUUGCCGCCAGUGAUUGUUGUAAGCAAUCCAGCAUGAGCAUUUAAAAAGUGGAUAUUAAUUAAUGAGAAACAACAAAAAACAAAUAUGCAUCAACUUUUACUAAAACCAAUAUCUACUUUUUAAUUGGAUACAAUUGGAUGCUCCUAACAUGUUCAGUAUAUUGUAAAUCGAUAUAAAAUAAAUGCAUUCAUAUGUACGCCCUCAUACAUAACUGUUUGACAAAUAAAAGACAAGUGUUUAGCUCAGUUUGGAGUUGAAAGUCCAACAAUAAAGCG